AGGGCUUUGGACACGAUGAACUUUGAUACUAAAGGUAGACCAAUCAGAAUAAUGUCUCGAAGUGACCCUUCCUUGAGAAAGUCUGGUGUGGGCAAUGUGUUCAUCAAGGAUUUGGACAAGAGCCUUGACAACAAGGCUCUAUACGAUACUUUCUCAGCUUUUGGGAACAUCCUGUCUUGUAAGAUAGCUUCCGAUGAAAAUGGCUCCAAGGGUUAUGGCUUUGUCUAUUUUGAGACUGAAGAAGCAGCCAGACAGGCCAUUGAGAAAUUUAAUGGCAUGUUGCUCAAUGGCAAGAAAGUGUAUGUUGGCAAGUUCAUCCCUAGAAAAGAGCAAAUCGCCCUCCUUGGUGACAAGAUGAAACGCUUCAACAAUGUUUACAUCAAGAACUUGAGAGAUGAGUUAUAUGAUGACAAGAUUAGGGAAUUGUUUGAUCCAUUUGGCAAGAUCAUAAGUGCCAAGGUUAUGACUGAUGAAAUUGGCAAGUCUAGAGGGUUUGGUUUUGUUAGCUAUGAAGAACCUGAGGCAGCUGAGAAGGCCGUAGACAACUUGAACGGCAUGGAGCUUGGAGGGGGGAAGGUGUUGUAUGCUGGGAGUGCACAAAAGAAAGCAGAAAGUCAAGCUGAACUGAAGGACAAGUUUGAGAAGAUCAAAAUGGAGAGGAUCAACCGAUACCAAGGUGUGAAUCUGUAUGUAAAAAAUCUGGAUGAUGUGGUUGAUGACGAGAGACUUAGGAAGGAGUUCUCACAGUUUGGAACCAUCACCAGUGCUAGAGUAAGUAAACUUUUGUUUUGUGGAAGAUUUCAUAAAUGGUUGAUAUUGUAUCAUGCCCAGACACCCUGGUGUGUAGCUUUACCCAAACAAACCGCACAGUUUAACCAGAUGUUCCAGCCAACUGGAGGAGGUUACUUUGUGCCCACCAUGCCCCAAGCCCAGCGUGGAUUCUUUGCACCAACACAGAUGCCCCAGGUCAGAGCCAGUCCCAGGUGGCAGACCCAAGUCCGACCCACGCAGCCAACUGCUGGUUUCCAAGGCAUGCCUGCCAGUGGCCAGAUGCGCACCAGUGCCCCACGAGCUGGUCAGCCAGCUGUCCGUGCAGGUGUCAAUGCCCGGCCAAUCACUGGACAGUCUGGUGCAGUGCCAACCAAUCCCAAUGCUCGCAUGGCUGCGAUGGGCCCCAGUAUGGGCAACCGACCAACAGCUGCUGCUCCAGCGUUGCCGAACGCCCCCACCAGACAGGGAUUCAAGUUCAACACCCAGAUGCGUAAUCCCCCAACAGCUGUACCACAGUCACAGGUCAUGCAGCAGCCCCAGCAGUCGGUUGUCAUCCCAGGGCAGGAGCCUCUGACAGCCUCCAUGUUGGCUGCUGCACCACCACAGGAACAGAAGCAGAUGCUAGGAGGGAGGCUGUUCCCUCUGAUCCAGAGGAUGUACCCCGAGCUUGCUGGAAAAAUCACUGGCAUGUUGCUAGAGAUCGACAACUCAGAACUUCUUCAUAUGUUGGAGUCAAACGAGUCUCUCAAGGCAAAGGUUGAUGAGGCUGUUGCUGUAUUGCAAGCCCACCAGGCCAAAGAAGCCGCUGCCAUGUCCAAGGGCGACAAGUGAUCUCUCAUCACUUCCUCCAUUUGUCAUUUCUGCACUGUCAAGCUAGACAGGGAACAUCUGGACAAAAGACAAUUUAGCUGAAAAGAAGCUGGAUUGUAAAUUGCAGCUGUUUGUGCAAGCAAAAUUUGUCUUGCAUGGUUUUGUCUGUCCUUUUGAUGGUGCAGAAAAGGAGCCCCAGUGAGAUGGAGAAAUUAAGAUCCUGAGGAAAUCUACUUUUGCUGUGAAUUAGGGCUUUAGCAUUGCAUGGAGGGCCAGGCAAUAUGGGAAAAUAAUGUGGUUCAGGGACUGAGACAGACCACUUGAGACAGUGAGUUGCAUCACUCCAGGGUUGUUAUUUGGCACACAUAUGAUGUAAACAAUUACACGGGGAGAGAGAGAGAGAGGAGGGAUGCAACUGUCAUUUCUACGAUUUGCAGUGUGUUCAAUUUUCUGUGAUAAAUGUAGCGCUUGACGAACCCACAAGGCAAGAGGAAAAGAGGAGGUCCAAAACAGACCUGGAGACGAAGCCUGGAAAAGGAACUGAGGGAAACCAGUUUAACCUGGGAGGCUACCAAGAACAUAGCCACUGACCAACAAGUGUGGAGGACAACUGUUGAGGCCCUAUGCUCCUCAAGGAGUAGAGGGCUAAGUCAAGUAUUUUGUCCACUUUGGUGCAGUUUUCCAUUCUUAAAUGUGGGUAGGCAACAACAAAUGUAGAUUUGUGGAGCCAUCUCUUCGCUGUCCCUUUGAUAUGAUCCUUUUUGGAUUGGAAACCACA